AAUUCGAGAAUCAAAAUUCGAUAUAUAAAAUCAAGCAUUAAAUUUUUCACCUCUGUUUUUGACCUAUGUAUCUUAUUACGUUUUAUUGGAGAUCCAGCCAGUGAAGACACGACUUUGAUGUUUUUUGUUGUUAUUCUGAUGCUUCUGGAAUCGUAUUUCGGGCAAUUACUAGAAGUUGUUUUUUCUUCAAUAACUGCUUUUUCAUUUUUAGCAGUUUUACAAAAAAUUGUGAUUGUUAAAAUGCCAAAAUUCAAAUUUUUGAUUACCGGUUUUUGGCUGAAAGUUCAGAUUAUCUUCACUUAUAUAUGUUUGGCUCACCGGGCGUUUGUUUUUUAUAAAUGCGGUUUCAAUUUCUACAAACCCAAUUGUGAAAACGCUAAAUUUCAAGAACUCGACAUUUUUUACAAUUUAUUUUUCAUAUUUCUCACUUUUAUAUCUCAUGGAUUUUAUAUUUUUGUGUAUCGAAUUUUGGGACGAUUAGAAAAUUAUAGGAAAUUUCGAAGGCAUAUUUUGUAUCAGUUUUCUCCGUUAUUUUCGUUUCAAAUGGUCGGUCCACAGUAUCGCUACAAUUACAGACCUAAUUGUUCGUGA